AAGGGACUCGGAAAUGAGCGGCCAUUACACGCGGCUCAGCCGGCAGCAUCACGACUGGGACAUCAACGACUCCAACGUGCCUAGGGUCAGCGAAUAUAACCGAUGGGAGGAGUGGGCCGAUGGGCACUGCAGGCUGGUCUACCCCCCUCACUCCGAGGAAGCCAAGCGGCACGCCUCGGGCUGGGCCAUGAGGAACACCAACAACCACAACGUCCACAUCCUCAAGAAGUCCUGUCUAGGAGUCCUCGUCUGCAGCAGGAGAUGUAUCCUGCCCAACGGAGACACUGUUCAUCUGAGACCUGCCAUAUGCGACAAGGCGAGGAAGAAACAGCAAGGUAAGCCUUGCCCGAAUAGACAGUGUAGCGGUCGACUGGAGAUCCUUCCUUGCCGUGGCCAUUGCGGCUAUCCAGUGACCCACUUCUGGAGACAUACGGAGCACGCCAUAUUCUUUCAGGCCAAAGGCGUCCACGACCACCAGAGGCCCGAAGCCAAGUCCACUUCUGAAGCCAGGAGGAGCCUGGGGGCCGGCCGGAGGGUGAGGGGGCUCGCUGUCAUCCUCGACAAGGACUCGGAGCUUCCCAAUAAGAUGUCUAUGCUUAACGAAAACAAGCGACCAUCAUAUGAGCUAGAAGCCACUCAUUUCACCCCGAUGCCGUCUCCAUCGCUAUCUAUCGAUAAAGGUUACUCUUGCUCCUGCCCGCCGUUCGAGUGCGCCUGCGCCGUGCAGACCCAGGCCCUAGGACACACCGGGUGCGGGGGCCCGGCCCUCAGCUACAGUACCGAGGAGUGGUACCCCCCGACGGAGCACUACUACCCGGAGCCCUCCAUCCCCCCACCCUAUGAGAUUCCUCCUUUGGGUGGCGACCUCUUUCCCCAAGAGGAAUCCCCAACGUUACUUGACUUGGGGUCUGGCCUCAUCCGCAGCCUCAAAGAGAGCCCCGAGCAGCCCUUCCAAACAGACUGGUAUCCUCAAGAUCCUUUCUCGGAACUGGAUGUCCUCACCGGAGAAUCCUCCCAAGAAUCCUCCAACGAUUUUGCCAUGUUCCAGCAGCACGGUUACUAUUACCAUCAGAACACUGUUAGUCACUAA